AUGUCUGCCACCACACAAACUCCUGAGGUUCUCUGGGCCCAGCGCUCCAGCUCGUCAGACGCCUCCAAGAACUUCGUCUACUUGACGAUCACCGUUCCCGAUGUUCCCAAGUCCAGUCUCAAGGUCGACCUGAAGCCUACCGGCCUGUCCUUCAGCGGUACCUCCGACUCUCUGAAGCGCUCGUAUGCCGUUGACCUCGAGCUGUACGCUGAGAUCGACCCCGCUGAGAGCAAGGUCAACCACACCGGCAAGAAUGUCGAGUUCAAGCUCCAGAAGAAGGAACUCAAGGAGGAGUACUGGCCUCGCCUGCUCAAGGAGGCCAAGAAGGUCCACUUCCUGAAGACCGACUUUGACAAGUGGGUCGAUGAGGACGAGCAGGAUGAGGCUGCCGAGGAGGAUUUCUCUCAGUUCGGCGGUAUGGGUGGCAUGCCUGGUAUGGGUGGCCCCGGCGGCGGCGACUUCGGCGGCAUCGACUUCUCCAAGCUUGGCGGCGGCGGCGCACCGGGUAUGGAAGGCUUGGGAGAUAUGGAGGACGAGGAAGAUGAUGAGGAUGACGAUGACAUGCCUGCCUUGGAGGGCGAGGAGGACGACGGCAAGGCCGCACCUGCUGCUGACAAGGCUGCUGCGAAAUAA